AUGCGCCUAUUGACGAGUGCCGAGGCAGCAUCUGACCCGAUGUGCGGUGCAGUCAGGAACCCCCGGCGCGGAUUCGUUCCAAAACUUAUGUUUGAAGCCAGUGCCCAAAAAGGAAAAAAGGGAAAGGAAAAGGUCCUGGCACCAAUGGCUCAAAAAGGGAUGCAGAGAACCGCACGCAAGGGCGAAAAGCCUGAGCUUGGGUUGGAGACCACCAGAACAGUCACGAGAGGCUUAAUGUUCAUGAUGGCUCUAUUAGCAGGCCAUGAACCAUGGGACUGCUCCUUCAGCUUUCCAGCGCUAUUGUGCAUGUACAGCCUGGAAACGCACGCAUGGGGUGUUGUCAAUUUUGGAAACCCAGAACAAUCGUAUGCACAACACGACAUUCCUGCCAAGGACUUACGAGUGAGCUAUGAACAGCAUCAACAGAAACUUUGA